AUGGAUCCGCUCUCAGUGACUGCAAGUAUCCUGACCCUUAUCACGGUCGCGGGGUCGAUUAUACAGCAUCUAGACCACAUGAAAUCUCGCAUGGAUCCUCAGGCUGAAUUCAUCGCAAUUUUGAAUACUUUAACGGAUCUACAAACGACUCUGACCGUGGUGCGUGAUGAAGAUGAUGCGUUGAGGAAUAGCAAGACACCGGCGGCAAGGCUGGCCUACAACACCUUACCCGAAACAAUUGGGAAACUGGAAACGUACUUGGACCAACUGACUCAGUUCGCCCAUGCAAAUCUGUUGAGGAAUGGAAAGGGCUUGUCUCGCCUUGGGCUGAGUACACGACGAAAGAAAGAGUUGGCAGAGAUUCGAGAAAAGAUUUCAGAUGCGCAUCGGAAUUUGCAAUUAGUUCUCCUUUCAGUAAACCUUCGCCGGAACCGGGAGUUGUUGUCAAGGAUCGAGGAGGUUGCAAUUGUGCACAGCAAAAACCAUGCUGAGACUUCUGCCUCGCUGAACCGCAUAUCUGACCAACUAAAAUCAGUCAGAAUUCAUGAAGAAAAUGACUUGGAAACCUACCAAUGUCCUCAAGAAAAUAUCAGAUCCAUUCUGGUACAGUCAGUGUACGACAACAGUAAUGAACCAUCGACUCAACUUCGCAUAACAACCAACUUGCCUACGAAAGCGUGUGAAUGGAUUUGCAAUUGCCAAUGCCACGUCCGAACCCAAUAUCAAACUCCACAAUGGCUUUCAGCAACUAUCGGUACGCUAUUCUACUCUUCUACAAGCACGCCCUCACUGGAUGUUCGGCCCUGCAAUGUUCCGUCUUGCUCACGAUCUCAUCCCUCAUCGUCAUCUAGAGUAACAUAUUACUUCCCUACCUGGAUGCUGCGUACCGCCCUGGUAUUCUCCACGUGGAGUAAUCCCAAAGGCAAAAACUCUUCAUGGGUCGUCAAAGUGCUGAGGGAAAUACCAUAUAAUGACCCUGUUUGGAACUAUGUUUAUCAAGGAGAUAUAGAUGCGAUUAAGGGACUUUUGGAGAACCGGGAGGUUUCGCCGUACGAUAUUGCGCCGGAUGGAAGCUCUAUCUUGCAUUGGGCAAGGAAUGACUGGCAUCUCGAAAUCUGUUCAUUCCUCACAGCCAUGGGAGCAGAUUGGGAUUUUAAGGACAGAUCGGGAAGAUCAGCAUCCGACACAGCGUGGGCUGAAAUUCUACUAAAUCGCAGAUACAAUGCCGGUGUGGUCAAACUACGCGACCUUAUCUGGCCAGAAGAUUCUUACGAUCUACAUCUCAGCCCCCUCCAUCGCAUAAUAGGCGGGUUAUCCGCUGUGGAUCUCGAAUCGUAA